GCUCGGUCACGCAGCCCCUCUUCCUUCCGCUGGGGCGACCCAACCUGUUCAGCUCUGCGCACACCGUGCACUCUGAGUGCGCCUCGGGCUCGGAUCGUGCUUGUUGCACAGGCUAUCCCGCUGCAUUGCGCACCAUGACGCUUCCCGGGGUCCGGGCUGGGGCCUGGGCGGCAGCAGCCAAAGUGGCCCAGAGGCGCCGCCGAGCGGAGGGCGCGGGAAGAUCGCUGAGUCCUGUGACUCCGAGCCAGCGCGCGGCGCUUUACGUCCACUGGCCCUACUGCGAGAAGCGCUGCAGUUACUGCAACUUCAAUAAGUACAUCCCCCGCGGGGUGGAGGAGGCAGCUGUGCGGAGCUGCCUGGUGACUGAGGCUCAGACGCUGCUGCGGCUCAGCGGGGUGCAUCGGGUGGAGUCUGUGUUCUUUGGUGGGGGCACUCCCAGUCUGGCCAGCCCCCACACUGUGGCUGCUGUCCUAGAGGCAGUGGCCCAGGCAACUCACCUGCCUGCAGACUCUGAAGUCACGUUGGAGGCCAACCCCACUUCUGCCCCAGCCUCUAGGCUGGCAGCAUUUGGGGCAGCAGGAGUCAACAGGUUGUCCAUUGGCCUCCAGUCCCUGGAUGACACUGAGCUCCAGCUGCUGGGGCGGACACACUCCGCUGGCGACGCUCUGCGGACACUGGCAGAGGCCCGGGGCCUGUUCCCUGGGCGUGUGUCUGUCGACCUGAUGCUGGGGCUGCCGGCACAGCAGGUGGGGCCGUGGCUCAGGCAGCUGGAGGAGCUGCUGCUCCACUGUGACGACCACAUCUCCCUCUACCAGUUGUCCUUGGAGCGGGGCACUGCCCUGUUUACCCAGGUGCAGCAGGGUGCCCUUCCAGCCCCAGACCCCGAGCUCGCUGCUGAGAUGUACCAGGAAGGACGGGCAGUUCUUCAGGAGGCUGGCUUCCGCCAGUAUGAGGUCUCCAACUUCGCCCGGAAUGGGGCGCUUAGUACCCACAAUUGGACCUACUGGCAGUGUGGUCAGUACAUUGGUGUUGGGCCUGGGGCCCAUGGGCGGUUUAUACCCCAGGGGGCCGGGGGCUUUGCCCGGGAGGCGCGGAUCCAGACCCUGGAACCUGACAACUGGAUGAAGGAGGUGAUGCUGUUUGGUCAUGGUACCCGGAAGCGCUCCCCCCUGGGCAACCUGGAGCUGCUGGAGGAAGUUUUGGCAAUGGGGCUACGCACAGAUGUGGGGAUCACUCACCAGCACUGGCAGCAGUUUGAGCCCCGGCUGACCCUGUGGGACAUGUUUGGAGCAAGCGAGGAGGUGGACGCGCUGCUGGAGCAGGGCCUGUUGCUCCUGGAUCGCAGGGGUCUCCGGUGUUCCUGGGAAGGUCUGGCUGUGCUGGACUCUCUGCUGCUGACACUUCUGCCUCGGCUCCAAGAGGCCUGGCAGCAGAAAACCCCCUCCCCUGUGCCAGGAGGAUGACAGAUGUCCCUGUAUCCCAGCCUAAUAAGACGGUCUGCAGCCUGUCUUAACGAUGGUCCUCUCCUUUGUCCCGGCUUCUUCAUGGAGUGUGGAACCCUGGUUUGGGGGUAAGAAGCUUAGUUUAGGCCGAGAUGUCUUCUUGUUCCCUGACAAUUGUUUACCCAGUGAGUUCAGCAUCUAUCAGUAAUGCUUGUCUAAAUCAAUGAUGAGCUUGAGGGUUGCAAAAUGUUAGUUUCCGACUCUGUCACUCCAGCUGCCUUCCUUAAUCGGCAUUUAUCCACAUCAGAAGAGCCUUCCCCUUUGGAAGGGCUGAUACUCUUAACCUAGAAAUUGUACGCAGGGUACGUGUCUACGUGAGAGAGAAAGCCGUUCUCCUGUGGAAAGUCUCCGUAAUUUCUCAUAUCUAAGGGCACCAUGACACCGAAUGUAACUCAGUACACCUGCCAGUGGGGCUGCUGUGGAUGGGGUUCCCGCCCCUUAGAAGUGAGCACGUGCAUUUCCCGGGUGCCUAGUGGGUGUGAAUAUCAGUCCUUCUGUGACCCAAGGUAACGGAGUAAGUGUUACUACCUCUCAUUUAUUCAUGAAAUAUUCAGCAGGCGCUGCUGGUGCGCCAGGCACCGUGCUGGGCGCGCACAGGGGAACAAGACCCGUCCCGGCCCUUGAGGAACUCACCUCCACGCUGACAGAUGUGUAAAGAGUUAGAUUUCAGGGUUAUCAGUAAGGAUGAGCGUGAGGACUGUGGAUGGCUGCAACACGUCUGGUCCUGAGGGGCUGGGAGCGGAAAGAAGGAGUAUGUUUUCCUUACAACCUCCUCUGGCCCUGGGGCCGCUCGCAGGGUGGCCUGUGCUGCUCAGGGCAGCCUGUCCCCAAGCCUUCCCCUCAUCUUGAUAUUCAAGAAGCGAGCACGGGCUGGAGCAAGUGCGCCAUCAGAUAACCUGGGCCCGCUCGGGUUUCACCCAGCGGCCAGGGCUCGUGCCACCUGAGACACCCAGGCUCCCUGCUCACUGGGCCUGUGCUGACUGCCUGGUCUGGAGCCAGGGCCAGGUGGGGGUGGUAUGUACCAGCUUCUGGGACUCAGCCUGGUCCACUCUCUGCAGGUGAAUCAGAAUCUCCUGGAGGCGGAGCCCAGGAAUCUAAUUUUUUUCUUUAAAGAUUUUAUUUGUUUUUAGGGAGAGGGGAAGGGAGGGAGAAAAAGAGGGAGAGAAUGGUCAAUACGAGCAAGAAACAUCAAUUGAUUGCUUCUCCUAUGCACCCCUACUGAGGGCCAAACCCACAACCCAAACAUGUGCCCUGACCUGGAGUCGAACUGGUGACCUUUCACUUUGUGGGACAAUGCCCAACCAACUGAGCCACACCCAUCAGGGCCCAGGAAUCUAAUUUUUAAAGGCUUCAUAAAUGGCUCUAAUCAUUGUCUGCCUUCCACCCUGAGAGGCCGGGGUCAGGAGGGAUGAGGGGGACAGAGCUACACGGCUACUUCCCUCUGCAUUCUGGCCUUCUUCCACAGCUCAUCCUCCAAAGGAUCCUACGUACUGAGACUUCAGUUGUUGUCUUUCACCUGUCCUACUAAAACGCUCAGGAACACAAUUAAAAGAGGGGACUCGAGCUACUCCGGUGAUGAGAGGAAUUGGGAAAAUGUAAUACACCGAGUGCGUGGUCACAGCUUGAAGGAGCAAACCUUCCUCCUGCAAGAGCACUAACAAUUCUAGAGCCAAGAUUGAGCACCCCCCCACCCCCUGCCAAGCCACGUGCAGUAGGCAGGACAGCAAUUGUAAUGUUCAUUCUACAUUCAAAGGGGCUCUAACUUGACUCAAGUUCUUGGCAUCCAGACCUUUCUGUUACACCAUUAUACUCACUGUGGGUUCAGGUGGACUUGACCUCUCUCUAAAACCAGGCAAAAUCCUCUCUCUGUUGCCUAUGCCUCAGGCUUGAAGCUGCCAUUUCGGCCUGGUGCUGGGCAGCUCAGACUCGGCGCCUGUGUUUUCUCUCCUGAAGAGGCUCGAGCAGGGAAACCCCUGUGUCCCAUCUCUGUGAGACCAUCCACUUCCUGGGACAGAACUGCAUUCUGCGAAGAGAAGGACUUAAUAAAGUUGCUGUAGACCGAAUGUUUGUGCUCCCCAGAAUUCGUAGGUGGAAACCUUCCCCCCAAGCUGAUGUACUGGGAGGUGGAGCUUUGGCCAGUGAUUAGGUCAUGAGGAUGGAGCCUUCAUGAAUGGGAUUAGUGCCCUUUUUAAAAAAGACCUCAGAGAGGUCCCUCACCUCAUGUGAGGACACAGAGUGAAAACACCGAAUCUCUCGGCACCUUGCUCUUGUACUUCCUAGGCUCUAGAACUGCGAGAAAUAAAUGUUUGUUGUUUAAGCCA